AUGGAUCUGUUGCUACCGACUCUUACUCUCUUACUCGUUGUUACAGCUGCUAUAGAAGUUACUUCUGUGGCAGCCCGUGUCUGUGUACUUGGUACUGAACCAGAUGAAUCUGCAGGCGGCAGGGUACGGUUCGUUCUACCACCGGGCGAUCCUUGCUCCUGCACUCAAGUCAUGCUGGGCGGACACAACGCUUAUGCACCGCCUAGGAAGGACCAACCCGUCUACAUCGACACUCUUCCAAAGGACCCUGAAGGACUCCGUAGAUCACAAGGAUGUCCAAAUGAAAACGCUCAAAGUGAAGACCCAAAGAGAACUUCAACGUCACUAGAAGCUACUUCUGCAGCCCCUAGUACAACUGCAAUCCCAGUCUACAAUGACUGUCAGGAUGUCCUCGAUUCGGGACACGAUACUGAUGGAGUGCACAACAUCUUAGUUGAUGGUAAUUCCACAGAGGCCUUCUGUGACUUAAACUCAACGGAGAGCGGUGGCGAAGGGUUCAUUGUUAUUCAGAAACGCUUCAACGGCUCUGUUGAGUUCAAUCGUACCUGGGCAGACUACGAAGCUGGAUUUGGUGAUCUAGAGGGUGAGUUCUGGUGGGGAAAUAGCAAGCUUCGAUCCCUGACAGACAACGACAACACCAAGUGGGAGUUGGUGGUGGAUCUGGAGGCAUUUGACGGGAGCAAUGCCAGCGUUCGCUACGAUGAGUUCAGCAUCACUGGAGACACGUAUGAUCUUACAGUCAGUGAAUUCAACCCCAUUCUAGGAAAUGCAGGUGAUGGCCUGGAGAGGCAUCAGAGGGCAUUCACAACGAAAGACGAGGAUAACGACGACUCUGGUUCAACUAACUGCGCUGCAAAAUUCAACGGUGGCUGGUGGUACAACAAAUGUAACAGCAUCGAGAGUAAUCUGAAUGGCAAGUACAGUCAGUCCGAAAGCGUUAAUGAAUACCAAGGAGUGCAGUGGGUACCAUGGAAAAACAGACGUGACAUCUCCCUCAAAGGAUGUCAAAUGAAGAUAAGACGCCAAACAACCCCUUAACUCAACCGACCUUCAUAACUUAAAAAAAGUACAACACAAAACAAGAUAAUAAGUAGGGUAAAUGGGCUUAGCAUUAGCUUUAGUCUGCACAGUUAAUAGAUUGGUG